GAGCCGGAAGAGGCCCGGGAAUGGCUCUGGGGAGGGCACUGAGGCUGGAGGCCGAGGCUGGAGGCGGGAACAGCCACUAUGUCUACUCAGCGACUUCGGAAUGAAAACUAUAGUGGCUACAGUUCUACAGAAGUGAGCCCCACUGAGUCCCCUUCCAAUGGACUAGAUGACUUCUCUGGUUCAAGCUCCUACCAGCGGUUUGGAGAAACCAAUGGGACAACAUGGUUCCAAACCUUGAUCCACUUAUUGAAAGGGAAUAUUGGCACAGGUCUCCUGGGGCUGCCCCUGGCAGUGAAGAAUGCAGGGAUCUUGAUGGGUCCUCUCAGUCUGUUGCUUAUGGGCAUUGUGGCUGUGCAUUGUAUGGGCAUCCUGGUGAAGUGUGCUCAUCACUUCUGCCAGAGGCUACAUAAACCCUUUGUGGACUAUGGAGAUACAGUGAUGUAUGGGCUGGAAGCUAGUCCCAGCUCUUGGCUUCGGACUCAUUCUUUAUGGGGAAGGCAUAUUGUAGACUUCUUCCUGAUUGUCACCCAGCUGGGCUUUUGCUGUGUAUAUUUUGUAUUUCUAGCUGACAACUUUAAACAGGUGGUGGAAGCAGCCAACAUGACGACCAACAACUGCAAUAGUAAUGAGACAGUGUUGCUGACACCCACCAUGGACUCACGAUUGUAUAUGCUCACUUUCCUGCCUUUCCUGGUGCUGCUGGUGUUUGUCCGAAACCUCAGAGCCCUGUCUAUCUUCUCGAUGCUGGCCAACAUCAGCAUGUUGGUCAGCCUUGUUAUGAUCUAUCAGCACAUUGUCCAGGGAAUUCCAGACCCCAGAAACCUGCCAUUGGUAGCAAAUUGGAAGACCUAUCCCCUGUUUUUUGGUACAGCCAUAUUUGCAUUUGAAGGCAUUGGAGUGGUACUUCCACUGGAAAAUAAAAUGAAGGACCCCAAACAUUUUCCAGUCAUCCUAUAUGUGGGGAUGACCAUCAUUACCAUUCUCUACAUCAGUCUGGGGUGCCUGGGCUACCUUCAAUAUGGACCAGCCAUACAUGCCAGUAUAACUCUCAAUCUGCCCAAUUGUUGGUUGUAUCAGUCUGUCAAGCUGCUUUAUUCCAUUGGGAUUUUUUUCACCUAUGCCCUGCAGUUCUACGUCCCUGCAGAAAUCAUCAUUCCUUUUUUCGUCUCUCGGGUGACAGAGCGUUGGGCGUUGAUGGUAGAAUUAUCUGUCCGCAUAGCCAUGGUCUGUCUAACAUGUGUCUUGGCCAUCUUAAUUCCCCGGCUAGACCUUGUCAUCUCGUUGGUGGGCUCCGUGAGCAGCAGCGCCCUGGCUCUGAUCAUCCCUCCACUCCUGGAGAUCGCUACAUAUUACUCGGAGGGCAUGAGUCCUAUCACCAUUGCUAAGGACAUCUUGAUCAGCGUCUUCGGCUUUGUUGGAUUUGUGGUGGGCACCUACCAAGCAAUCUAUGAGCUGAUCCAGCCAAGUGUGUCUCCCACCCUUGCAAACAUUGCUAGUGCCUUUGUACAGUGACCUUUUUGGUACAUUCUCUGCACCAUACCACCAACCCCACCCACCAAGAGUAUGUCACCAAAGCCUUGAAUAAGGCUGGCGAUAACCAAAACGGGCAAGGUAGAGGGCUGCUCUUACUUGUCAAUCAGAGACUUGUAAAUAGGCAGGCCAGCAGGACAGGUUAGGCUGUGGACAAUUCCAGUAGUGAUGGUGAUCUCUUUGUACUUUUUUUUAACCCGUUCAUUCUCUCUCCUCUUACCUUUUGUGGUUUCUAUCUUAGUGCAGCACAACUCUCCACUUUUCAGUGAUUCACCUGGAUAGUUUCCUCUCCUCUGGGUCAUACCUUCACAAAACAAGGAUCAUCUGUUUGACUGCUAUCCCUGUUCUUUUACCUCUGAUUUUUCUUGCCUUCCAGACUCUUUCAGGGGUUUGCACCUUAAACUACUUUCAGCAGAAUACUUUAAGUUACAGUCUUGAUCCUGGCUUGAUUCAAGUUUUCUGGAGCACCUUAGGCAGCAGAAUUCCCUCAGAGUCUACCACAUGUUAAGGAUGAAUAUGAGCAUAUUCCUCAUCACUUAGCACUUUGAACACAUUGAAUACUGAAUUCAGAAUCUUUCUAUUUAUUUAAAUUAAGGUUUGGAAGCCUCUUAGUCCUGAGUUUGAGAAGGGAAGAAACUAUACUCUUGAAGAUGAGUCUCACUCAUCUAACUUUUUAUUCUUUCCUCACCCUUCCUGUUCAGGGAUUGGGAAAUAAUUCAAAAGAGCAUUAUUGAAUUCUUUGGCUGUGUGUGGUGACAAAGUUUUAGUAAAGGUCCACUGGGUGCAUCUCAUACCCCUCCCUGUGCUCUCACCUUAUCCCUCUGCUCUGUUGUUCUAGAAAGACAGGUGCCUUAGGGAUUAUGUUAGGGAAAGGAAGUUCAUCUUUCCAUCUUUGCUUUGCCUUUUUGCCUCAAGUAGGACUCAGGCUUCUAUGUCAGUGCAAGGGCUAAAGGCAAAAGCUUCAGUUGUGGCCACCCCAUGUCUCUGGAAUAAGUAGCUUGUCAGACGUCCCUCCUUCCUUCUUUGCUGCUCCAAAGCCAAAUUCAGCUGGCUGCCAGGUGAAGAGGCUGAAGAAGAAUUUCUUUUUAAAUGUACAAUGUCUCUUAAUGGAUAAAAGACACUUAAAAACUUAAGUAAUAAGGAUUUACAUCAAACAAUCAAGCUGAGUAUUUAUUCUGGUUCCCUUCCUAUUAGAACCAGAUCAUAAUUUUUAACUUACUUCCUGCCAAUGGGAAUUGUGUUUUCUACCCCAACCUAUCUGCUAUUAGGGGAAAGUAAAGGGGUUUCAAAAACAAAUGCAAACUGGAAUGUACAGAAUGCUGUGGUUCUUUGAUUCUUAAAUUCUAGGAAGAAAUUUAAUAGGCAUUAUUCUCCUUAUUUGGAAAGUUUCUGGAAUCUAUGUUGCUAAUCCUAGCAGUUUAUAUAGGAUGGUCCUCAAUCCUUCCUCCUUCCUCCUACUUCUUUGGAACCCCUCCUGCAUCAAUGCUCUAGUUUAGGUUGUGACCUCAGGACCUAGAACACUUGAGAUAGAGGCCCAGGACCUCUCAGCUAUGAAGUAGAAGCCAGGUCAUGAUAUCAGCUUUCUGCUCAGAUCUUAAGGGACCAGUGUCUUCGCUUUGCACUUUGUAGAAACUAAUCUAGAAGCUCUCUUCUUCCUGUUCACAUUGGGUCUUCUCUCUGCUUAAGCUACAGAAAUACUCUGAAGCUGCAUUUCUUAUAAAAGACUUAAUGACAGAAGAUCCACAAGAAUAAUUUGGUUUUUUUCUUUAUCCUCUCAGUAGAGAGAGCCCUACAGAUUCUGCCCAUUAGGGAGGGUUUCCACCCACCUCCAAAAUGUUUCUAUCCUUUCUUUGUUUCUUCCUCCCUUUGACAUCUCCUUGCUUGUAAAUACUCUAGGCUUUUUCUGUUUGGAUUUUCUAUCUAUUCCCUAGACUGGCUGAAUUGUUCUGAUUUCAGCCAAGGGUACAAUGAGGGAACUUUACAAAGAAUGCAGGGUUCUUUCUCCUCACUGAGCACUGGACAUGGGAGUGGAGGUUUCCUAAUCUUACUUGACAAAGUACUCAUCUAGGGAGAGGGCAAAAGGAAAUUUGUAAAUCAACUGGGAACUCUGUAUUCUGGCAUUUUGAGUGCAGAUUCCCCGUCCCUGGUAACAUCUCUCUUUACAAGGGCAUUAUUUUUAUUUAGUGCCGUCCAACUGUUGGACCAAUGAGCACUGCUUUAUACGCACAAACUCUGAGCAGAAGUGAAUAGUUUUAGCCUAGACCCUAUAGCUUAAAGUCUCCCUAUUCUGGGAUUCAACUUUUCUAGUUAGUAUUGGAUAUGUGUAGUACUAAAUCCUCAUCCUUUAAAAAUCUAUAAUCUUCCCUUAGAGAAAACCUUUUAAGUUUUGUGAAACCCUUAAGGUAGUGAAACUGACAGUGAUAAAUUAGGAAAGAGCUCUUUCCUCCUUCUCUCAACUUGUCUAGAUACCAAUUAGGUAGAAAAAUGCCUUCUUUAUUUAACACUACAUAUUCACUUCCUCCUGUCUUCAAGUAUAAAAUCCCAAAUUCAUUGUUUACACAUUUAUUCCUUAUUCACUACUGUAAAUGAAUUGGUCUCAGUAUUUAAUCUGUGUAAUAAAGUAAUAGAGGAUCAGGGCUUAGUGUUGCUCCCUGGGCAGAAUAUUAUGUUACACAUUCUCAGAACAGCCAUAAAUUUUCCACUUUCUCCCAAUAGAGCCAUAAAAUGAAUAUGAUUUGAUUGGGUGACUGCAGAAUUGCCCUGUGUUUGAAAUUUGCAGAAUUUCCUCAGUCACAAAGUGAAUAAACAUUUCUGCAUUUCAGACACAAGGAGAUAAGGGAAUGGAAACGUAUAUUUUGUCUUUGAAACCUUGGGUAGAAUGGUUUAAGUAAUUUAUCCCUCUAACUCCAAGUUGAUUUGGUCAGAUGGUAUCAAGUGUCUUCUGAAUCUUUGUACCAUCAAAGUCUCUUAUUGGUUUGGGCAAGGUCAGGGGCAGAAAGUACACAGUCAGAAAUCAAAAAGAGGUUAAUGAAUUAUCAAAGGGUUAAAGCUGAUGUCUGACAAUUACUGAACUGAAAAAUCAACCAAUCAUGUUUACCAUUGUCCAAAUGAAUGAGAGGGUAGAAAGUCUUAAAUCCAGUGUAAGAUUGCCACAUGGCAGAUCCUAGUAACCACUAAGAGCUGAUAGUACUGUAAAUGUUUGGUGCCUUGUAUGUUUAUUUUAAGUGAGAUGUGGUUCAUGCAGGAGUUUGUAGGAGAUCUUGUGUUUGAUCUGCAUAUAGAUCAUGUGUUUUUCCUUUCAAUAAAUGAGUUUUUUUUUAAUUUUGCAAUA